UGCUGCAAGAAGUGCAAAAAUGCCCAGGGUUCGGGAAGAAGAAGAAGUGUACGCCCGAGGGCUGCUGGAGGAUUCAUUCCAGCAGCUCUCGAGCGACGUGGCUGACUCGAAGAUGAACGUAUCGACCUUUUGCAGCGCCUUCCCCUGGCACUUCGUCUGCGACCGCAAGAUGAAGUUCAUACAAAUCGGCACGGCGCUGGUGCAGAUCUACGGAGUGAAGGCCGAGAAAGAAGGUGACAAAGUGAGCAAAUACUUCAAAGUUGUGUCGCCUGAGCGAGUCCCGCUCGAGUAUAAAGAGAUUUCUGCUCGACUCAACACUGCUUACGUCCUCUCCAUCAAAAAACAGCUGAGCAGUAAACGCAAAGUAGAGCCCAUGGAGCUGAAGGGUCAGAUGGUAGACUGCCCGGAGAGCAAGAGUUUGCUGUUCGUGGGGUCCCCGCUACUCGACAGUCUGGAGGGUCUCACAUCGCGCGGUCUGUUCAUCUCCGACAUCCCCAUACACGACGCCACCCGUGACGUCAUCCUCGUGGGCGAGCAGUCCAGGGCUCAGGACAGCAUCAAACGCCGCAUGACUCAAAUUAAAGAGAACAUCGUGGAGGCAAACAAGGCAGUCGAUGAAGAACGCGAGAAGAACGUGUCGCUUCUGCACCUCAUCUUCCCGCCCGAUAUCGCUAAGCGUCUUUGGCUCGGGGAAGUGAUCGACGCGCAGAAGCACGAAGCUGUUACGAUGUUAUUCAGCGACAUCGUCGGCUUCACGUCCAUCUGCUCGACAGCGACGCCGUUCAUGGUGAUCUCCAUGCUUCAGGACCUCUACACCAAGUUCGACGUCUUCUGUGGACAACUCGACGUCUACAAGGUUGAGACGAUUGGAGACGCGUACUGCAUAGCGGGCAACCUACACCGCAAGUCGCGCUACCACGCACAGCGCGUGGCAUGGAUGGCCAUGCAGAUGCUCGAGACCUGCACCUACCACCAGACACACUCUGGCGAACCUAUCAUGAUGCGCAUCGGUCUUCACACUGGUCCGGUGCUGGCUGGUGUAGUGGGGACAGCUAUGCCGCGCUAUUGUAUGUUUGGCUCCAACGUCACUCUGGCGAACUCCUUCGAGUCAACCUCGGAGGCUCUCAGGAUCAACGUUAGCCCCACCACUUACGAGUACCUGAUCCAAUCUCCAGGCUUCCAGUUCACUGCGCGCACCAGGGCAGAUUUGCCGAAAAGUUUUCCUGAAGACAUACCAGGCAUACCUUACUUCAUUGACUCCUACACACACCCAGACGUGGACCCUUGCUACCCUGCCUCCCAGCACGUGGAUCGUGGCCUCAGCCACGUGCUGAGUGAGGAGAGUGAGCGAUGAGCCACUAACUAUCCAUGCCUCAACACCGGCGAGUGGUUAAGGCGCUCCGACCAUCCAUGCUUUAACACCAGCGAGUGAUUAAGGCUCCGA